AUGGAGCUUUCUUGCGAGAUGGGAGAAGUUGUUGUCGACGUUUGGCAGCUAGGCCACGAAGCAUCAUUGAUCAAUGCACUCCGUCAAGUCGCUAUGUUCUUGUUGAGCCAACAGGGGAAUGCAUUGCAGCCUCAUCUGCGAGCAAAGCUGCAGGCCUUUGCGGAGACCCCUGGCAGGAGCGGUAUGCACGCAGCAGUUGAGUUUACGGAGAGAACCGUAGCGAACCGUGAGCUUGAGUUCGACCCAGCGCCUUUGCAUGAGUCUCUGCAGUCUCGGCUGAGUUUGUCGCUUUCAGAGGCCGAAGAACUAGUUGUAAAAUUGAUAAAAUGCCCAGCCCUAUCACGCAGACGCGUUGACCAACAACUCCAGCCUGCGAUGCAGUUCCUGGAAGACUUGGGGCUCGAAAACGCUCAGGUUGCCAAAGCAAUUGCCCGAUUUCCAGCAGUUCUGGGCUACAGCAUCGAACAGAACUUGAAGCCCACGGUCCGGUGGCUUCGAGACGUGGGAUUGUCGAAAGCUGAGGUGGCCAAAGUGAUUGCGCGAUCUCCUCAAGCUCUUGGCUAUAGCAUCAAAGAGAACUUGAAGCCCACGGUCCGGUGGUUUCGAGACGUGGGAUUGUCGAAAGCUGACGUGGCCAAACUGGUUGCCCGAUCUCCGCAAGCCCUGGGAUGCAGCAUCGAAGAUAACCUGAAGCCCACGGUCCGGUGGCUUCGAGACGUGGGAUUGUCGAAAGCUGAGGUUGCCAAAGUGAUUGCUCGAAAACCACAAGUUUUGGGCUGCAGCAUCGAAGAGAACUUGAAGCCCACGGUCCGAUGGUGUCGAGACCUGGGAUUGUCGAAAGCUGAGGUGAUCAAAGUGAUUGCGCAAUCUCCGCAAGCUCUUGGCUGCAGCAUCGAAGAGAACUUGAAGCCCACGGUCCGGUGGGCUUCAGGUUCUCUUCGAUGCUGCAUCCCAGGGCUUGCGGAGAUCGGGCAACCACUUUGGCCACGUCAGCUUUCGAUAAUCCCACGUCUCGAAGCCUCGAAAGCUGAGGUGGCCAAAGUGAUUGCUCGAAAACCACAAGUUUUGGGCUGCAGCAUCGAAGAGAACUUGAAGCCCACGGUCCGGUGGUUUCGAGACCUGGGAUUGUCGAAAGCUGAGGUGGCCAAAGUCAUUGCGCGAUUUCCGCAAGUUGUGGGAUGCUGCAUUGAAGACAACUUGAAGCCCACUGUCCAGUGGCUGCAAGCAUCCGGACUAACCAGAGCUGAGGUUGCCAAAGUGAUCGCUCGCUUUGCAUCAGUUUUGUGCGUCAGUAUUGAAGACAACUUAGAGACCACCACCCAGUGGCUUCGAGACUUGGGACUGACGAAGGAUCAGGUUGCAAGAGUGAUUGCUCUGUUUCCGCAAGUUCUGGGAUGCAGCAUCGAAAGGAACCGGAAGCCGACGGUCCAGUGGUUUCGAGAUUUGGGGCUGACGAAGGCUGAGGUUGCCAAGUGUAUUGUGCAAUUCCCUGCGCUAUUAGGGUGCAGCACCGAAAAAAAUUUGAAGCCAAAGGUGCAUUGGCUCGUGGAACAGUUCUCCAGUGAACAGGUUCGCAGCCUUCUCGUUCGCAAUCCUCGUCUUUUCGGUCGAAGGUAUGAUCUCUUGGUUCGACGUGCCAAGAUUCUUCGGCAGUGCAGCAAGCUUUCAGCGUUUGGGUCGGCAAUGAUGUUGACAGAUGACAAGUUUGCCAAGAGGCCCUGCAGCGCCUACGCUGAAGAAGACAAAGCGUGCACGAUCUACGCGAAGUUAGAGUAUUUCAACCCGCUCGGAUCCGUCAAGGACCGGCUGGCAUGCGCCAUCAUCGAGCAGGCAGAGAGAGACGGGACCCUCAAACCGGGCGACACCGUCAUCGAAGCCACAUCGGGCAACACAGGCAUCGGCCUUGCCAUGCUGUGUGCUCAGCGUGGCUACAGAUGCGUGAUCACAAUGGCUGAGCCAUUCUCCGUGGAGCGCCGGAAGCUAAUGCGCUUCCUGGGCGCGAAAGUCAUCAUCACGCCGAAGUCAGGGAAAGGCCUUGGCAUGGUCAAGAAAGCUCAAGAGCUAGCCGAAACUCAUGGCUGGUUCCUUGCGCGGCAGUUCGAGGCAAAGGCGAACGCGCAGUUUCAUUACGACACCACCGGUCACGAAAUUUUAAAUGAUUUCGAAGGCCAUCGUCUCGACUACUAUGUGCAGGGCUUUGGCACUGGUGGAACCUUCGCCG